CUUCCUGAAAUACACAAGUAGCUAGUGAUCAAUUAAUUAUAUUGAGAGAUAUAUACAUAAAUAUUUGAGCUUGAUCAAAAUAUAUAGAAGAAAAUGGGCAUGGAGAUAUCAGAUGAGCUGUUGAGUGCAGUGGUGCCGGUUAUUGUGUACUGGGUGUUCUCGUUCUUCUAUGAAUUUCUAGCACAACACUGUGUGAACUAUCGUCUACACCCAAUAGGAGAAGAAGAGGAGAAGAACACUGUCUCCAGAUCCAAAGUGAUCAAAGGAGUCCUCACCCAUCAAGCUCUCCAAAUCCUCACCGUUUGCAUAGUAACCAAGGUUUGGGAAGAGAAAGGAGAAGAACCAACAGUACAACACUCCCUGCCACGUAUAGCAGUUCAGUUUGUGAUUGGCAUGGCUGUGAUAGACACCGUGCAGUACUUUGGGCACCGUUACAUGCACGAGAAUAAGUUCCUAUACAAACACACGCAUUCAGCUCACCAUGCACUCGUAGUACCCUACGUCUAUGGAGCUCAAUAUGGCAGCCUUUUGGAUGGACUGGUUUUGGACACAUUGGGAAGUGCCCUUGCAUUCGUUGUGAGUGGCAUGACUGUCAGAACCAGCAUCUACUUCUACUCCUUCGCCAUCAUCAAGAACUUGGAUGUGCACUCUGGUCUGUAUUUCCCUUGGAAUCCACUCCAGGGUUUCUUUCCUAAUAACUGUGCUUUUCAUGAUACUCACCACCAACUCAAGGGCCAAAAGUACAACUUCUCACAGCCCUUCUUCCUCUCAUGGGAUUUGAUACUCGGAACUUACAGACCAUUUACUGUUGAGAAGAGGAAAGAAGGCGGUUUCCAAGUCUGUCUUCUUACCAAGGAUGACUAACUAGAGAUGAUGCUACUGUUGCCAUGCAUGUGCAUUCACGGGGAUGUAUACUGUAUAAGUUCUGUACCUGUAUUUAUACUUGUUUUUUAUUUAUAUUUGUAUGUAGGAUAAGGUGUAUU